AUGGAUCCUAUCGCUUUACAUCAUGCAAUGCUAUUGCAACAUCAUGCCCUGAAACUACAGCAAGACUCUAUGAUCAUGCUGAUGAUGUUGAGGUUGAGAAGAAAAAAAUAUACUAAAAAGAAAUAUUGGGUUGUUCCGUGGUUACGAGAACGUCAAAGAGAUCAUUAUGGCCAGUAUACCUCCCUCAUGAAAGAAAGGCUUGGAGAUGAAGCUUCCUAUCGGAACUAUCUGCGUAUGCCACUGGAGAUGUUCGACGAACUGUUGACCAGGGUUGGCCCCAGGAUUGAAAAGAUGGACACUUACUAUAGAAGAGCCAUAGAAGCAGGGGUGAAGUUGACCGUCACCUUAAGACAGCUUGCAACUGGCAUAGAUUACCCAAGCCUUUCUUAUGACUUCAGAGUAUCGCGCCAUACGAUAGCUACAUUCAUUCCACUUGUGUGUCAAGCUAUUGUGGAUGAGUACAAGAAUGAAGUUAUACCCUGUCCAACCUCAGCUGCCGAAUGGAAGGCCAUUGCUGAUGAAUUCGAGAGAAGAUGGAAUGUACCACAUGCAAUUGGGGCUCUAGAUGGUAAGCACGUGGCCAUCAGAAAACCAGCAAGUUCUAGAUCUCUGUACUAUAAUUACAAGAAGUUUUGCUCCAUCGUCUUUCUGGCUCUGGUGGAUGCGAAUACCAAAUUCCUGUUGAUCGAUGUUGGUGGUUUGGGACACCAAUCUGAUGCUCAGAUAUUCAACGCCAGUGAGCUGCACGAAUGCAUUGUUGAUGGUUCAGUUCAUCUGCCAGCAGCUGAACCUAUGACCAAUGAUGACGUUGAUGUACCAUUCUUUAUCCUAUGA